UGGCUACCCCAUGCCGGAAUCACGUUGCACAUGUGUGUCAAGCGCUUGUGAAUCGGUGACGUUUUAGACGCGUAACUGGGAAAUAAUCAAGAAAAAUCGUUUAAUAAUUGCAGUACAACCACUUUUGAGAAGCCUCAAGAUCUGGAUAUUAUACUUAAGACCAGCGUGUAUCAACAAAGAGCUGAAGACGAAAGGUUGCAUCCGGGGUUUCAUGCUAACUGAGUUUGUUUCCCGUCACCACAUGGAACCCGUUCCUCUUGUUGAACAUAUGAAGACUCUUACUUACAAGUUUGUCCCUGCAAAAUGCUACUAAUGUGUGACCGGAGUCCAACGAUGUCGAGAGGCGACAGCGGUCCGGAUGGGGAGGAGCCUGCUUUACCAUUGUCCACAGCAGCAGGUGGAGGGGGACAGAUGGGGCCUUCUGGGGAUCUGGGUGGACGGGCACAGAUCGAACACCUCGGGGGAGGAGAGAGAGGAGCCCUGAGAGAAGGAGGACAGGAAGAUGAGGAGAUGACUAAUGUUUCACAUGAUCUUUCAUCCUCGUCCAAUCAAAGCCCUGAGAGUGCCACAGGAUCCACCUCAUCGUUUAUCAAAAGGGAGCAUGCAGGUGGAGGGAGAGGCCAGGCCCGCAGAGACAUGAUGGACACAGUGGCUGAGAUGAAAAGGAGACUUCCGUCGGAUAGACGGAGCCGCAACAAAGCCAGCACGGUGGACGCCUUGAAUUAUGCUCUCAACUGUGUCAAGCAGGUCCAAGCCAACAGUGAAUACUACAAACUGCUGAUGCAAAACGGGCAGGACCAGAGGAAAGAUGCUACUGUGUGCACUCUGAAAGAGCUGGAGAGAGUCACGUCUGAGCACAACCUGAAAAAUACGGAUUCCUUCGUGAUGGUCUUCUCCCUGUCGAGCGGCCGGGUGCUGUACGCGUCGGAGCAGGCUCCCAGCUUGCUGUGCUGCAAGAGGAAAUAUCUGGAGUCUGCAAAGUUCGUCGAGCUCCUCUUCCACCAGGAUGUCAACGUCUUCUACUCGCACACGGCGCAGCCUCACUUACCACCGUGGAGCAACUCGCACUCAGCUGGAGUCCUUUUCGACAGCGCUCAGGUCAAGUCCUUCUUCUGCAGAAUAAGGGGCAGUAAGGAUCGUGACGGGGAGAUGAGGUACAACCCUUUUCGAAUCACACCGUACCUGCUGAAGGUUCAGGGAACAGAAAGCGGGGAGGAGGAGGAGCCGUGCUGUCUGGCUCUGGCUGAGCGCAUCAUCUCUGGAUAUGAGGCACCUCGGAUCCCAAUGGACAAGCGUAUCUUCACCACUACCCACUCCCCUGGCUGUAUAUUCCUGGAAGUGGAUGACAGGGCCGUGCCUUUACUGGGAUACCUCCCUCAGGACCUAAUUGGCACAUCACUGCUGACCUGCAUCCACCCAGAGGACUUCCCCCUCAUGCUGUCUAUGCACCGGAAAGUGUUGAAGUACGCUGGCCAGCCUCCGUUCGAGCACUCUCCGGUGCGUCUGCGCUGUCAGAAUGGAGACUACGUCACCCUGGACACCAGCUGGUCCAGCUUCAUUAACCCCUGGAGCCGAAAGGUGGCUUUCAUCAUCGGACGGCACAAAGUCAGAACGAGUCCUCUGAACGAGGACGUGCUCGCUGCUCUGAACAGAACUGAAGUUCCAGUCUCUCAUGAGGAAAUAAAAGAUCUACAAGCAAAGAUCUACAAACUUUUCCUGCAGCCAGUACACAACAAUGGCUCCAGCGGCUACGGUAGUUUGGGAAGUAACGGCUCUCAUGAGCACUACAUCAGCUUCGCUUCUUCCAGCGACAGCAACGGGAAUCUGUGGGAGGACUCGCACCGGGAGCCGAUGACCCUGCAGCAGAUCUGUGCAGAUGUGAACCGGGCGAAGACUUGGGGUAGACAGGGAUGUCUGAACUCCUGCCAAAAACGCGCUCCCCAUGGCAAACCCAGCACAGCGCCUCACCCCCUCUCAGCCUCUAACGCUGAGUCCAGAGGGGGCGAAGGAAGCAGGAAACAAACACACAUUCCCUCCUACCAGCAAAUAAACUGUGUGGACAACAUCGUUAGGUACUUGGAGAGCUGCGCAGGUCAAGUCCUAAAGCGGAAGAAUGAGUCCCAUUCCUUGACCACCUCCUCUUCCUCUUCUUCCACCUCAGAAGAAGAGAAGCCUGCAGGAGGCACCGACGUGGCUCGGUCCAGUUCAGACGUGGUUCUGUUGGACAGUGAGGUGUCAGUGGGCCCUGCAGUUGUCGGGGCACCUCUGACCGACAUCACCAUGUCCUCUAAGGCCAUGAGUGUUGUCUCGGUCACUAGCCAAUGUUCGUACAGCAGCACCAUCGUCCAUGUGCCUCAACCUGACUCAGAGGCCACAGCUCCAGAAGAUGCACCGAUGGGCAGUGAGCCUGCUGAUGUUACAGCCACCCCCGUGCGUCUGGCUCCAAGCCCUGCUACGGAGGACAGACGGUUUGUCGGUCUCACCAAGGAGGUGCUGUCCGCUCACACCCAGAAAGAAGAACAGGAGUACAUAGAUCGAUUUCGCCACCGUAUUCUUCAGAGUCCCUACAGCUCCUAUCUGCAGCUGGAAAACGACUCGAUGGCUCACUCCCACCACCCAGGAGACUACCUACGUCCUCUGAGUGCUGGAGGUUGGAAUCGCACUCGAAGAGGAAAGCUCAGACACAAGCGGCCCAAACCCCAGGGUUCUUCUGAUAGCUAUGCCUCCCCGGCUGGCCCACUUUACUGUGUUCCUGACUCGUCCUGGCCCUCCUCUGAGUCCUCGCAGCCCCACAUGGCACAGACCCACUGCCAAACAUCCCCGCUCCAGGGGACAUUCUUCUCUGUUACGGGGAAGUCCAGCACGGAGCAGCUGCCCAGACUACAACAGAUGCCUGCAGCAACGCCGGCGCAGCUGCAGCCUUCUGACCAUCUCAGUUACAACUUUAACAUCAUGCAGCUGGGUCAGAGCCAGCCAGGCAUGCCACCAGUCCACAUGGAGCCCCUGCAGAAUGUUCAAAACUUCUACAGCCCUCACCCCAUGGCUUCAGCCCAGAGCUUUAACCCAUACAUGGCACCUGUCAUGGCUGUCAUCAUGCCCAACUAUCCAACCUUCACUCCAGGCUUUCCCUCUGUUUACCUCCCAUCCAUGUCCUCUGUUGCACCUCAGCCACCCAACAUCAUGACGAGCUUUGCACCUGGCAGUGCGUCCCAUGUUCAGCCUCAGUCCCCGGCCCAGCCUGGCCCCCACACGUCACCCGGUCUUCCUCUUUGCUCGCAGAGAGCUAGCUCUGUUGGGGAAGAGGAAGAAGCAGCGGAGCCUCGAGCUUUGUUCUCCAGCUCUCGCUCCAGUUCUCCUUUGCAGCUCAACUUGCUGCAGGAGGAGCUUCCCAGACUGAGCGAGGGGCAGAGCAGCACAGGUCACAACCACUCUGAAAGCCUCCAUGAGCAGCUUGCAAACAAGGGCGAAGCCCCUUCCGAGUCAAGCAGUAACGAUGCUCAGUUAACAUCCAGCGAGCUGCUCGAUCUGCUGCUGCAGGAGGAUGCCAGGUCAGGGACCGGUUCUAACGCUUCAGGCUCCGGAUCAGGAGAGUCUGGAGGUUCACUGGGAUCUGGAUCUGGCUCCAAUGGGACGUCCACCUCACACACUGGCAGCAGCAAGUACUUUGCCAGCAAUGACUCAUCAGACACUUCAAGGAAAGCUCGAAAGAGCCAGGAAGCACCUGUGGAGCACCAGCACAGCUUUGACGCCCGGGGGGAGAACUCCAUGUGGAGCAUGAUCCAGCACACACCUGACCACGUUAUGAUGACGUACCAGAUGCAUCCCAGGGAUCAGAGCGAGGUGUUAGCAGAGGACAGAGAGAAGCUGCGAGUGCUUCAGCCCCUCCAGCCCUGGUUCACCCAGGAACAGAGAGAGGAGCUGGCUCAGGUGCAUCCUUGGAUCAAGCAACACACCAUCCCACAGGAAAUAGACACAGAGGGCUGCAUGAGCUGUUGUUCAGGGGCUGCCAUGGCCCACCCCCCUCAGCUACCAGUCUUGGACAGCUCCUCGCCCGUGGAGACCCUUCAGCAGGACUCUGUCGGAUCUAUAGCUCACACCUAGAAACAUGGAGCCUAAAACGGGACACUACACAGUUCACAGUUAACAAGCCUCAACAGAAACCUCAGCAACACCUGCCAUGUAUCUAGCAUCCUGGAGAAGGUGGAGCCCCCUGCUUUAACUUGUGUCCUACAGGCAACAGGGACAAAACUCAGUUUAAAGGGUAGGGAGAAGAAAUUUUACUGUGUUUUUUCCCACUUCAAUGAACUGUUAAUAUCCCUCCUCUCUCCUUUUGGUGUUAGUAGAGACCCCGGUGAAGGGGUUGUAAGUCACAUUAAAAAGAUUGUUUAACGCUAUGAGCCACCGGGUUCUCGAUAACCAAAUAGGAUCUGUUACUUUCUGCCCCUGAACACCUGCUCACCUGGAGCACGUGUCGUACAGUACGUGCUCUGCACCAGCACCACCAGCGACGAACAGGUGUGACCUAAUGGGCUGUGUUUCUCUGACAGAAGCGUUUGUCGCUGUUGCUUGUUUCAGGUAAAAUCCUAUGAGUUGUCAUCAGAGUACAUGACGGUGUAAUGUUAUGUUGAAUGAUGAACCAGACUUUUCAUUUAAAUUAAUGGUAAAAAGCUGAAAUUUCUUAAAUGGAUGCUUUUCAACUCCCAGAGCUCUACUUGGUCGUCACUGUGUUUUAUUUUGUUUUGUGUCCACGCAGCAAGUUUCCACUCGAGUUCUUUUACUUAACCCCAGUAGCUUGUGUGUGUGUGUGUGUGUGUGUGUGUGUGUGUGUGUGUGUGUGUGUGUGUGUGUGUGUGUGUGUGUGUGUGUGUGUGUGUGUGUGUGUGUGUGUGUGUGUGUGUGUGUGUGUGUGUGUGUGUGAGAGAGAGAGAGAAUGAAUGCAGUGUCUUCUUCCUUCAGUAUUGUCCAACAGUAUGAGGCAGACCAGGUUGUUUUUUUAAUCAUUUUUAGAUGAAAUAUAAAUUACAGUACUGUGUACUUUAUAGUAAAUGUACACAAGACAUUCUAUGAAGUGUAUACAAAGCCAUUUGUCUUGAAUUCAGGGACGGUUUGUGACAAAGAAGUAAAUAAAUGACCUGUGACCUAAGAUG